UUUUCGACGAUGAGCUCUGUCGCCGCCAUUUUGUCAGAAAAUGACAAUAAAAAAAUUGUUUUUCGUUCUUCAGUAUGUGUUAAAUAAACCCUCUGAAAAGACAUUCUAUUCCAUUUGUCACACUCCCAAAAUAAAUUUUCAAAUUUAGGUCUUUUUUUCUGCCUCUAGAGUGGUUUUAUCCCUUAAUAAAUUUCUCGUCGAGAGGAAUUCGUAACAACUCGUCGAUUAUUUCUGUUUCAAGUCCGAAUGCAACAAUGGUGUCCGAUACGUUCGACGAAUCUCCGCCACUUUCACCGCAUAAUUUAGCUUUUCUAAUGGGUCACAUAGAGGAUGUUGGUGUGACAUUUUUAGGAGAUUCGAAAGUAGUGGCAACGUUCUGGAGCGAUUCGAGCAUACGCUCGCUAGGGAUUUACCUCUACGACAAACUCAACCCAGCUGUCAUUAACCUGAUUGACGUGUUUCCGAUACCUUACUCCCUGCCUAAGUUGGACCUAGUAUGCUUGCCUCCGGGGAUCGACGAGAGCGUAGCCAGACCUGGAUUAAUUGCGAUCAAGCAGUCAGCUUUCUAUACCACCGAACGAUCGCCACUGGUUACCAAAGAAAAUGCUUUAAAGGUUCUAGUCGUUUUAUUUGGGCAACAAUUACUCGACGAAUUCGUGAACGCGAAUCGAACGGACGCGUGGAUCUGCAAGGCUUCGCUGCUUUAUUUUCACCACGAGGUUGUCCCAAAGAUAGAUUCAUCAUUGAAUUUGAGCAACUCCUUUGUUACCGACGUUCAAUUGCAAGCUAUGGAAAGCGACGGUUACAGCAUUUCGAGGCCAUUUCACGAAAAUGUCAAUUAUCGACUUUUGCACUCUUUUAACGACGAAUAUGCGAAAGGUGCAUGUCUGAUACGCAUGUUGCAUGGCGCGAUAAGCGAUACCGCACUUAGGAACGGCUACAAGAAAUUGAUAACGAGGUGGAAAUCGAACGCUACGUAUGUUGCCGAUUUCAUGAACGCCAUGGCGGAAGAAACUACCGAUCUUCCGUUAACUGCUGGAGUUACUUUGGAAGAAGCGAUGAAUUCUUGGAUCUCCCAAGGUGGAUAUCCCGUUAUCACGGUCAUUAGAAAUUAUGAGAAAGGAACUGCCACUAUUUAUCAGGAACAAUUUUCAUUGGAUAGACCAUUGGAAAAUAUCUCCAGGUUCUGGUACAUUCCACUCAGCUAUAUUGACGAGAAUGGCAAUUGGUCGUCUCCUACGAUAACGUGGUUUCAAUCCGAGCCAAAAUUCGCUAUCGAUAAUGUUGCCUCAAACGAAUCUUGGGUUCUGUUCAAUAUAAACAAGACUGGUUACUAUCGCGUACAUUACGACGAAAGAAAUUGGAUGCUGCUGAAUAUCGCGCUGCAAGAGAAUCACGACCUGUUCCCACCGGAAACAAGAGCAUCGCUUAUUGACGACGUAUUUAGCCUCGCUGCGAUAGGUUUAAUAAAAUACGAGAUCGUUUUCGAUUUCAUUAAAUAUAUGCAAAUGAAGGAAAGGCACUAUGUGCCUUGGAUGGCGCUGAUGCGACACGUGUUUAAAUUGAAUAGGCUCUUGUACGAAACUCCGAUCUUCACUGAUUUUCAG